UCUUUUUUUUCUCUGGUCGGUAACCAUAGAGUAUAGUCAGAGAUUGGACUCCUUAUCUAUAGUCACAGUAUAAACUAUUUACUGUGCUAUAGUAUUAUCUAUGGCUAUAGUCUUCAUAGGCAAUGGUCAAUCAGCUGGAUUUAACCUUAAUUAUUUUGUUAUCAUUUGUAUUAAUAAGUAGCCCAUAGUUAAUAUACUGUAAUGUGAAUUGUUCGCUAUUAUAAUUUAAAGAUAAACAUCAGAUCUGAUAUUUUAAUUAUAGUUAUAGCUGAAUCGACUGCAUUAACGAUAGGAAAGUCCAAAUAGCAAAUAAUAGGGCUAGAUUUAGUUAUUGUCUAAUAUUUACUAAAAACUGAAAAGAAGUACAUUUUAGAAAAUAUAAAAUAUGGAUGCUGGUGGUGAUAGGUUGCAGUAUUCAAGUAAUAUAGCUUUUAUUAGAGAAGUGUAUGAUAGUGAAUAUGCUCAUCAGGUAUUUGCAUUGGAAUUAGAAAAGGCUCUUGAUGCUGGAUGUUCUGUUAUUGUAAUUGAACCUACUCAAUUAGGGGAAGAUACAGCUCAGUGGAUUACUGUGGGAAAUUGUUUGCACAAAACUGCUGUUUUUUCAGGCUUAGCUUCACUAACUGCAGGAUUUAUAUGGCCUGAUCGACCUUUGGCUAGCACCCCAUUGGCGGCACUAUCUUUCCUUUGCACUAGUCUCUACACAGCUUCUUGGCAAUUUGAUAAUUGUGUUAAAUAUCAGGUGGAAAAGGACCCUAGAAAACUUACUCGACUUUUAAUUUCUUCUGCUGUAACAGCUUCUUCUCCUGUAGUGUUAGUUCGAAAAGACAAUAGAAAAAGUAUAAUUCUUCAUUGUACAGUUUCAUUUGCAGCUGCGGCAUUUUGUGCUUACAGACUGUACUGCACAUUUAAGUAGCCAUAAAAAUUUCAGUGAAAGUCUAGUCUUGUUUGGUUUAAUAGGUAUUAUCUGCAAAUUAAACUUUCAAAAGAAACAGGGGUGAGAGAUCCAUUUUUAAAUGCUAAAGAUCGAUUUAUAAGAGUACAAAAAUGACCUAUUUGUUUAAUGUAUCAUUAACAGUAGAUUUUGGAAGAUUAUUUUCCACCACUUUUUUGUCUCAGUUUAAUGUUAUUUCAAUUAGUAGACAUUUUGUAAAUAAUUACAAGUAACUGGGUCUAAUGUUUAUUCAGAUAGAUCUUGAACAAGUGCAAGUUUCUGCAGAUUUACUGUUGCAUAAAUGAUUGUAGUUAAAAGUAAAUAAAUUAUUGAAAAUAC